AACAUGGCUGCCCUAUGCAGAGGCAGACACCGGUGGAAAAGGACUAACUGUUUACAUGUUUUAAUAAGAAACCUGACAGUGAAGUAUGACUAUGACCUGGUGGUGAUUGGUGGUGGGUCAGGAGGGCUUGCCUGUUCCAAAGAAGCUGCACAGUUGGGACAGAAAGUUGCUGUUUUAGAUUAUGUGGAGCCAUCUGUUAAAGGCACAAAGUGGGGUAUUGGCGGCACGUGUGUCAAUGUUGGCUGCAUUCCUAAGAAGCUCAUGCACCAGGCUGCUCUACUUGGCACAGCAGUCAAAGAUGCUAAGAAGUAUGGCUGGCAGAUCCCAGGACCAAUCUGCCAUGACUGGGCUAUCAUGGCAGAGGCUGUUCAAAACCACGUCCGCUCUCUCAACUGGGGUCACCGGGUUCAGCUCCAGGACAAGAAGGUGAAAUAUCUGAACAUCAAAGGAAGCCUGGUGGAUGAACACACCAUCAGAGGACUAACCAAAGCAGGGAAAGAGACCAUCCUGACUGCCAAGAAUAUCGUGAUUGCUACGGGUGGACGGCCCAAGUACCCCACAAAUAUCCCAGGAGCAAUAGAGCAUGGCAUCACUAGUGACGACAUAUUCUGGCUAAAGAAGUCACCUGGAAAAACGCUUGUGGUUGGAGCCAGCUAUGUGGCUCUGGAGUGUGCAGGCUUCCUCACGGGCAUCGGCUUGGAUACCACAGUGAUGGUUCGCAGCAUUGCCCUCAGGGGGUUUGAUCAGCAAAUGGCAGGUCUAGUGACAGACUACAUGGAAGCUUACGGAACUAAAUUUGCAUGGAAGUGUGUCCCAAAGAGAGUGGACAAACUGUCCUCAGGAGCCUUUCAGGUGACCUGGACUGACACCCAGACAGGCAACGAACACAAUGACACCUACGAUUCCGUGUUGUGGGCAGUUGGUAGAGCUCCAGAAACCAAAACCUUGGGUCUCGACAAGCUCGGUGUGCAACUCAACAACCAGACGGGGAAAAUAAUUGUGGGUGCUGAUGAAUCUACCUCUGUGUCAAACAUCUAUGCUUUCGGUGACAUCGGCGAGGGUCGUCCUGAGCUGACCCCAACGGCAAUUAAAGCAGGAAAGCUCCUCGCCCGCAGACUGGCCGGUCAGACCAAAGAGCUCAUGAACUACGACAAUGUGGCCACCACUGUGUUCACCCCUCUGGAGUACGGCUGUGUGGGUCUGUCAGAGGAGGAGGCUGAGAAGAGACAUGGAGAAGACGGCAUAGAGGUCUACCAUGCGUUCUACAAGCCCCUGGAAUUCACCUUUGCAGAACGAGACGCCAGCCAGUGUUAUAUUAAGGUGAUCUGCGAGCAAGGUGGAGACCAGAAGAUCCUUGGUUUGCACUUCACCGGUCCAAAUGCUGGAGAGGUCACACAGGGCUUUGCUAUGAGCUUCCAGUGUGGGGCAACAUAUUCCCACUUGUUGAAGACAGUAGGCAUCCAUCCGACCUGUGCUGAGGAGGUGGUCAAGGUCAACAUCACUAAACGCUCAGGAUUGGACGCCACGGUGACCGGCUGCUGAGGUUAAAGUCCCUCGGUCUCUGAACACUAGUGAGCACACAGGGUCCCUCAGUGACAGUGGGUAGAUACUAGUUUGGUCCUCUGAAAAUAACCUGGGUUAAUUCUGCUCUCUCUUUAUCCUUCUCCCCAGUUUCUCAGUGUUCUCUGGGGGUUUUGCGCUGUAGCUGCUGUGCCAGUCAUGCAGAUCGUCACUAGUUGCCCAAGUUAGUGUCACUGGCAUGUCAUGUGACGACCAGGGCAAUGAUCAUUCUCCCUGCGUGCAAAGUAGUGUAUGUACACUCUAAAAGCUCAGAGCUAUAGAUCAGGUUAGUGAAAGCCUCGGCUGCGGAGCGAGCGUCUUUUAAAUAAACAGGCUCAUCAAUCAGGAUUAAGGGCCGCGUUCAAGGUUUUGUUGAAAUCGUACGAGAAAUGCGGACCGGGCCCUAACGUUUUUCUGAAUAUAUAUUCUGCAAAUAUUGUUGUUUCUCCGGCUGUACUUCCUGUCCAUUAGUCUUGGAGGUGACACAUACCAUAGCCCACCACCCUCCCCCCACCCUGCACCCUGCCCCCCCAAUGACACUGAUGGAUGGCCCCAGGGCCGUCGCUGCAGCGACACCGCCCCAUUUCCCAUGGACACACACAAACAGUCAGCGGGCCGCCUGUCAGUCAGCCAGCAUAGACCUGGCCGGGGAGCCUCAGCUUCUUGAAGGCCUAGCAGAGUCCAGCAGACCUCUUCCUUUUCCUCCCAUGCCCUUCUCCCCCCCCCCCAGUGCAGGGAAGACUACAGCAGGACUACAAACAUAUGCUGCCAAAAAGCCAUGUAGGUGCCACAGCCCAGACACAGGGUGAUCAUACUCAUCGAUGGCUUUACUGUACUGAUAGCUCUGCUGCAGCUGUGCUACUCAGCCUCACCCAAAGGUGGCACUGUUGCCCUCCAGUUCUCCUAUCUGUCUGAGCCAAGAGAGACAGGAUAAAGCAGUCACUGGAUAAAACAUAAGCCUGAAUACAUUCAGGUUGCACAUUUAAUCCCUUUAAUCCCUAUAAAAGAUAUGUGCUUUUGGAUAAAGUUGGAAAGCAGACUGGCUUUAUUGGUGCCAAACUGAUAAGGGUUAUCUGUUGUGUAUUUACAUGGAUGGCAGGUUAGCCCUCAAGAGUCAUUACCCUUGAAGAUAAGGUAAGUUGUUUAUAUCAAUAAUGCAGUAAUAGACCCCCCCCAGUUUGCCAAAGUGCUCAAAUGUUCAACCAGAUGGCUGUACUGGACAUCUUCAACUAGUCUUGGGUUUAUUAAGCAGAAGAAGGGGAGGAGGGCUGUCAAUAGUUGCUACAGAAAUUGGGGGACCUAAGAGGAGGCUGGUGGGUGUAGUUUAUUUUUAUUUGAAGUCUAAUCUGCCCAGUCUGAUUAAUGAUUCUGAUGAGGGGAGUGACAGCGUGCCAGGAGAUGGAGAGAGGGGAAAAAGAGAGAGCGUGCUACCAGGUUUAUUUGGACCCGGGCCGGAGGAGAAAGAGCCGAGUUUCAGCCCGGUUGGGGAGGGAAGAGGGGGCGGGGGGGGGAUUCCUGUGUGCUCUGUUCAGGGCCGAGGUGCUGACUGAAGGACCCUGACCUCCACUCAGCAGGAACAGCUUGACUCUAUCACUUGGAGCACAGAGGGCUCACAUGCUCCGGCGCUGCACGGCAGGGGCCAAGGGGGCUGCGGGCGGAGGUGGGGGGGGGUGUAGGAUGGCCAUGGGACUGUCAGAGCCAACCAACACAACACCGAGCGGUAGCAGCGUGUUUGCCCUCGGUAAUUGAGUCGAUGUUCCUGUGCUUAACGAGCCACUUCAGAGACCCCAGGGUGGGCCCAAGGCAACGUGAGGGAAGUCAUUGAGGCCAUCGGUGAAACUGUAAUGUCUGUUUGCUUUUUACCAUCUACUUCCUUUCUGCUUUCUCUCAUCUAGUCAUGCUAAGUAUUUUAAACACAGUACAGUAUGGCUUUAAUGCGCACAACUUGAGACUCUGUCUUUCAAUUAUUUAAAAUGACAUAUCAGUCUAAUUUGGAUGAUUGUUGGUUAUUGUUGUUCUUAUACUCCAGGCCUAAGACUUGACCAGCGAGCCUCAGCUGUGCCCCAUGGGGAGGGGUCAGGGUUCAACUUACAGGUCAGCCAGCUAAUGAUGACCUGCACGAAAACCCAAAACUGGGGAGUGCAGGCCUGAUGUCACCUGGCUGCCAACUUUAGUAGUUGUGAAUAAAGAAGUGUAAUUUUCAAUUAAAGCUUUGUUAUACAUAAUUUAUAUGUAAAGUAAUAACACACUGGAAUGCACAGUUUCAUGAUUAAAGUAAUAAUGUCCA